ACGUCGUGCGCAUGCGCGGAGCCGGCGCCAUUUUGGUGGCCGGGCACUGAGGUGAUUCCAUACUGAAGAGAGCGCGGCGGCCGGGUGGCAGUGGCAGUGUUCGAGUGCUCGAGUGUGAAUCGCCGAGGGAGGAGGCGGUGGAGGAAGAGGUGGCGGCGGUGGCGGUGGUCGUAGCGGUGGCGGAGGAGGCGGGUACGAAUCAGCUGCGGGCGGAGACAUGGCCAACAUCGCGGUGCAGCGAAUCAAGCGGGAGUUCAAGGAGGUGCUGAAGAGCGAGGAGACGAGCAAAAAUCAAAUUAAAGUAGAUCUUGUAGAUGAGAAUUUUACAGAAUUAAGAGGAGAAAUAGCAGGACCUCCAGACACACCAUAUGAAGGAGGAAGAUACCAACUAGAGAUAAAAAUACCAGAAACAUAUCCAUUUAAUCCCCCUAAGGUCCGGUUUAUCACUAAAAUAUGGCAUCCUAAUAUUAGUUCCGUCACAGGGGCUAUUUGUUUGGAUAUCCUGAAAGAUCAAUGGGCAGCAGCAAUGACUCUCCGCACGGUAUUAUUGUCGUUGCAAGCACUGUUGGCAGCUGCAGAACCAGAUGACCCUCAGGAUGCAGUAGUAGCAAAUCAGUACAAACAAAAUCCUGAAAUGUUCAAACAGACAGCUCGACUCUGGGCACAUGUGUAUGCUGGAGCACCAGUUUCUAGUCCAGAAUACACCAAAAAAAUAGAAAAUCUAUGUGCUAUGGGCUUUGAUAGGAAUGCGGUAAUAGUGGCCUUGUCUUCAAAAUCAUGGGAUGUAGAGACUGCAACAGAAUUGCUUCUGAGUAACUGAGGCAUAGUGAGAGAGCUGCUGAUAUAGUCAAGCUUGCCCUUCUUGAGGAGCAUCAACACCUGUUAUUUUUAGGAUUCUGCAUAGAUUUCUUUUAAACUGGCAUUCUUGCCUAAUGUUGUUAUCUAGGCACCAUUGGAGACUGAAAAAAAAAAUCCCUGCUCUGUAAAUAAAGCUAAUUAAACGUCUGUAAAUUUAAAAAGGGGAAAUACUUUAAUUUUUUUUCUUACUUAAUAGUGUAAAAACUCUUUGAGCUAAGCGAAACCAUGGAAAAAACAUGCUACUUUAGUGUUUAGCAGUGUACCAAGACUAGCAAGAGUUUGCUUCAGGAUUUUGUUGAAUAAUUAAGAUAAUACUUUGAGUGUGUCAGGACCAUUCAAAUUGUUGGUGUUGCAUCACAGCUACCUUAACUGUUUUUAACAUGGAUCCUCUGUGCCUGUGAAUUUACUUGCAUGCUUGUACUUGACUUCUUAGGAUGGGUAGCUGAAAAGACCACCAUUUUAAGCUUUUGAGAAUUCUUAAGUAUGAGAUGUAUCCAGAAUUGAAGAUGGUGACCUAUUCAGAGCCUUUUUGUCCUAGUCAGCAAUCUGGGACACCAUAUUUAUUUUCCCCCUCUUACCACACACAGCUAAUAUGCUAAUAGCAACUUCUUUGGGAAAUGUACCAAGGGGUAGUAUCCCUUGCUCCAUUUUUAGGUCAUCCUUGUGGAAUGUUUUGUCACAAUUCUUUACUCUUAAAAACAUUCCUAUAUUAAAUAAUAAUGUAGAAAUGGAGCUGCCAAUUUUGUUUCUCUUGUAAAACUAGUAAAUACUUGAUGUUGCAGUAUUCCCAAGAUUUAAUGAAAGAACCCAACUUAAUUUUUCAAGUGAAUUUCACAUCUUUUCUGUUUGUAAGCUGGUGAACAUUUCUUUGAGAACUUGAAAGGAUGAAAUCAACUGUUUUUAGGGUUUUUUGCCUGAUUUUGGCUUUAUAGAGAUUGCUUUUUCAGAUACUUUAAAGUCAUUCUUGCUUACAUUUCCCCCUAUUUACACACGAAAGCUGUGUUGGUGUUUUACUGUACAUACUUCAGAUGCACAUAGGAAUAGCAGUGUGUUAUAAAUCUAGCUUUCUUUAUGAUGUUUCUGAUAAUACGAAAAUUGAAAACUUUACCUUCUCUUGUACAUAGACUUUCUAUUCCUAUAAAAGUUACAUUUCAUUCUAAGUUCUAAAGUUUGAAAAUCAUUAGUUUUGCAGCUCAAACACUAAUGUGACCAUUUUGUGAAGGUAGAAAUGGAUUUAUGCAGGCAAUUCUAUACAUAGAAACACAGUGCUUAUUAAAUUUUCAGGACCAAUGCAAAUAAUAAAAAUGUAAUAGAACCGGAAUGAAUUAAAGUAAGGCUGUAUAUUGAAAGUCCUAUUAUAAAAGGUUUUCUUUCUUCAAGUGUUAUUUAUCCUAAAUUAUAAUUGUUAAGUGUUUGGAAAAUAAUUUUGAACCAUAAAUCUAGCAUAAUUUCAUUUGACUUCUCAAUAAUCUUAGAAGCAAUAAAAGAAACCAUUGUUAAAUAUAUGGUAAUGUUAAAGAUGUGAUGGUUCUUCCAAAAACUUGUAAGGCUUUCCUAAUCAAUAGUAAACUCUUGUAGUUGAUAUUAUUGCAUACUAAACACAAGUUGCUAUGUUUUUUUCUCUAUAUGUUUGCUUAAGCAUAAAUUUCUUUAUACAAUCAACCUCCUCUAAUUGUUGUAGUUUAGUUACUUUCUAAAGAUGCCAAAGGAAACAAGAUUUUUCUUUAUUUAUUUAAAUAACUAAAACCUUGUACUUUUCUUUAUACUUUGAAGUAAGGUUGGAAUUGUGUGAAAGUGUGGACAGUUUUGUUAUAUUGAUUAGAAUUAAAUUUUUUUUUUAGUGGAGGGCAGCUUGGUAAUAGUAAUAUUUGGAUUAUUUUAAAUAUCAAACAUCUACCCAGUUUACUAUUUGCCUAUAUUUUCAGGGUAUAUUUAAUUGUUCUGUGGUUAGACAAAGGAGAAAACUCAGAGGUUAUUAAAUGUCAAGCAUUACAUACUUAGCUCUGGGAGGCAGCUAAACCUUGCCUUUGAUUUUUAUGCACAUUAGCUCUAUAGGGUAUCUGUUCAUCUAACUAUAAUGCAACAUCCCAGUGCCCAGGAAAUUAGUAUGAGAAGUUCUCCAUAAUGGAUUUUUUCAGUUCAAAAUUUAUUUACCUCACUUUCAUUUUCAUUUAAUGUGAUAUCUCCCUUUCUGGAACAUUUCCCACUGUCAUCCUGUGUCAUUUUCUUCCCACUUCUCUAUAGGUAGAUUUACUUCCCUAAACAUAGAAGUUAAGGCAGUUCUUUUCCUUCUGGUCUUAUAUGUGUUUGGGAAAAGGACAUAAAAGUACAGGUGUAGGAAAACAGGUACCCUGGUGAAAAUUACUUCUACGGUUCUCAAUUUUUUAUAAUUCUUCGGUUUUAAAGGCCUCAAAAAUUAUGGUAAAAAAUAUAUUUAAUGAUAUCCUUUUUAGGGCAGGCAGAUUUGCUAGAAGUCACUGAUAACGUAAUAGACUUUUAGUGUAAUCAGGUCUAUUUCAUGCGUAUGUGCCUGACUUUUAAAACAACAAAUAAGUAGUUGUAUAGUAUUUCAGUACAGAUGACUGAAUGAAUAGCUAUUUGUGACCCAAAUAAACAUACAGUAAGUAGUGUAUAAAAUAGGAACUUUUACUAAAUUAGAUGCUCUGAGUUGGCUCCCACAAAUGUUUGGAACUGUGACUAAGGUUUACUUAAACACAUAAUACAUUCAAAUAUAUAUGUUUGAGUUCUGAGUAUUUUGUUUUUGAGAAUAGUCUAUGAAAUGAAGACUGGUUUUUUGGGGGGGAAGUAUUUCACAUUUGUGAUUGUUGGUGGCGCUUAAAACUAUGCAAAAUAAUUUUUUAAAGUAUCUGUGAGAAAGAAUUGGCAGUUAAAGGGGAUAUUGCUUAUUUAUAUGCACUACAGAAUGUAGCAUAUCAUGUUACUGUUUAGGCUGCUUAAUAAGUUUAUCAAUGUGAAAAGUAGAUCUUGGCUCUUAAGUGUAAGCCUGAUUUGAGCUUUUAAAACUGCAAUAGGAGUAAGGUAAUGUUUCCACAUCUUGUAUUUCCACAACAGAGGAAAUAAAGCAUUUUGUUGUUUCAAAGAUUUAAGAUGGGUUUGGGCAGGGAAGAGUUGGAGCCGGGUAUACUUGUACGUGUGUGGAGACAAUGUUUGCAUAUAAAAAAGGAAGCCGUCUGUUUACAGUUAACUUUAUUUCGUGGACUUUUACAAAAUGAUGUUAUAUUAAUCACUUUUCUAGUUAAAGAAAUUUCAAUUCCAGGGUACAACCAUUGAUUUAAAAAAUUUGCAUUUCCAUUUUUUCAGUACCAGUUUAAAAUUAAUGCUUAAUAUCAGCUAUUUACUAUCACUGGGGAAGAAGGCAACUUGAAGUACUUACUGAUAAAUAGCCUUUUUUCCCAAAUGCAACUUUUCCGCAGUGUCUACAUAUUAUGUCACACGUUCUACUUGCACUGUUGCAGUAUGGAUCAAAAAUCUUGUGGCACAGGGAUAGGAGAAUGUCAGUGUCUCCCUUGUCCUGUUCUGUUACGGCUUUAUUGGACCGCUACUCUCAUAAACCUUUGACCAUCACCUAAAUGUAAGUUGAGAAUGUGCCACCUAGUGCUUGGUUAUUUUAACCAUGCUACUAUAUAUAUAUACAAAUAUAUAUAUAUAUAAUCAGGAGUGGCGCAGUUUAUCAGUUUGAUUCUAGAGGGUGAAUGGAUACAAAUCAUUGCACUGUGCUGUUAACCGAUCCUUGUGUGCUUGCUGUUACCUAAUUUUUACAGGCAUCAUAAUAAAAGCUAGACUAUUUCUUCUGGGGGGAAAGAUACUUAUUUAAUGUAAUUUAAAGACUUUUCCAAUAGAAAAUGAAAUACUAUUGAAAAUAAUGUCUAUUUUUUAGCUUUCAGCAAUUGAUGGUGCUUUGUUGUGGUGUCUGCUGGAAGUCUACUGCCAUUAUAGGGAUUCUCAUUAACCUCACCAAGAAAAGAACCUUGCUUGUUAGCUUCUCUAGAUCUCUAUUCUAAACCAUCUGUUAGUGAUGAUAAAUUCUGUAGGAGGGUCUAUCUUGAGCCGUUAACUUCCUGUAUGGGGAAAAUGGGUGGGUUACCAGAAAGACCAUGAAGCAGGGUGGGCUGUGGGUGGAGGGUUGGGUAUUUGUCUUGAGAAUUAAAACUACGAAACACUUUUGUACACAACUGAUUUUUUAAAAAAUAAACACAUUUUUAAA